AUGGAUUCAAGGACACAGCCAGCAGCUGAUCGAGUCUAUGAAGACUUCGAACCAUAUUAUGAAUGGGCCAAAGAUGAAGGGCAUUUCACUGUUAUGGUACCAGGAUAUAGAAGGGAUCAAUUGAAGGUUCAAGUGACCUCAAAACCUGCCCUAAAGCUAAUGGGUGAACGACUGAUCAUUGAGAAUAGAUGGCGUCGUUUUAACAUGGAAUUCCCACUUCCUGCUGAUUAUGACAGAGACAAUGUGAGUGCCAAGUUUGAGGGUGGCAGGCUAUCUGUCACAUUUGGCAAACUGAUUAAGCCUAAGGAAGCAACAAAUCCACCAGAAGAAGCUCCAAGGCCUAAGGAGCCAUCACAAAACAUUGAUCAACAAAAGGCUGCUCAAGAGGAUACCCCAAAAGCAAAAGACAAAGCAGAAGCCAGGACUAAUAAUGUAGUCUCUGAUCAAACAACACCAAAGAAAGAAGAGAAGGAACCAAGCAAUGAAAAAGAGAAGAGCAAAACAGAAACAGCAGCUAGCAUAGACAAAGUGGCCCAGGAAGUCAGGACUGAUGGCUUAACUGAGACACAAGAAGCACCAACCCCUGAAGUUCCUACAACCAAAGAUGCCAAGCAUGUUACAAGAUCCAAAACAAGGCUUAUAGAUUUCGCCCUCAGUUUUGGACCAUAUAACCAGGUUGAUAAUGAAGCCCUUGGAGAUUUGGACGCAGGGGGUAACAAGUGGAAGAAACUAGUGAAAUUGAUCGUGCUAAUCUUGCUGGUUGUGGGACUUGGGCUUUAUGCUAGAAAUGCAUUCAGAUCAUCUCAUGGAGAAUCAAACUUCCAAGAGCUGUGA